UGUUCCCUUCCGCUCUUCUAUACUACCUGGGGUCGUUUCAUUAUUAAAAACCAGAAUUCCGCCAAGAUGCCGAAAGCAGAGGCUGGCACCCCUAAGGCGCUCGCAAACAAGAUGAAGGCGAAAGGCCUUCAGAGGCUGCGCUGGUACUGUCAAGUUUGCGAGCGGCAGAUGCGAGACGAGAACGGCUUCAAACAGCAUACAAUGAGUGAGGGUCAUGUUCGAAAUAUGCAGAUUGUGGGCGAGAACGCGAAGAGCUUCAUCAACGACUAUAGUAUGCAAUUCAAGCGCGACUUCAUCCAGCUAUUACGCACGUCGCAUGGCGAGAAAUGGGUUCACGCAAAUCGCUUUUAUCAGGAAUACAUAUCAAAUAAGGAUCAUAUACAUAUGAAUGCAACAAAGUGGCCCAGUCUGACUGAAUUUACCAAGUACCUAGGUAGGGAGGGCAUAUGCAGAGUAAAGGAAGAGGAGGAAAAAGGGCUCUUCAUUGCUUGGGUGGACGAUAGCCCCGAAGCGCUAAGGCGGAACGAAGCAAUAAGAAAGAAAGAGAGGCAAGACCGCGGCGACGAGGAGAGAGAGCAAAAGUUGCUUCAAGAGCAGAUUGCACGAGCGCAGGCCAAGGCAAAAGAGAUCGAAGCAAUCAAAGCGGCCAAGGAAAGUGUACGGGAAGGCGAAAACGUGGAUACUACCACCGAGCCCUCUGUCGUUGAGCCUAUCAAGUUUGGAUUUGGAGCGAAGAAGACGGAAAUAAAGCCAGAAAGCGGCUCCGGUCCGAACGAGACACCCAAGGAUUCUGCACCUGCUGCUCAGGCCUCUAUUGAAGGGUCUUCCAGCACGACGGCUCCUUCAACAACCACUCCAAUGAAGAUAUCCUUUGGAGCGCCGAAACCCAAAAACGUCUUCGCUGAGGAGAAGAAGAAAAACCCACUCAAGACGAAGAAGAUCGCGAUUGAAGAACCACCAAAAAAGAUGAGCGAGGCUGAGCGCAUCAUGAAGGAGGAGAUGGAACGGAAGCGAAGCAUUUCAGAGAGAAACGCAGCUGGAGGCGAGAAAAAGAGGAUUCGACUGUAGACCUCGCUCGUUUUUAUCCAGCUCGGACGUAAUGAAUUGAAUUAUUGCAUAGCGUGGCGCUUGGUGGCAUUGGGGCAAGCUAGGACUUGAAUCCUAUGAGAUCAGAUGUCCAGCUCAUAAAUACAUAUGAAGGUUCUACUGAAAGACAGACUUGAAACAAAAUAAUCGAUAUGUAUUAGCAGAUUAUUCAACGACCAAGAACACUUC